UACUUUUGUGUACGCGUCGCAAGACAUUUCUCAUGUCGCGCAGCGCCGGCCGAGAAGGCGCCUCAAGGAGCGCCUAUUAUGGUCACGUGGUUUCCGAGAGCCCGUCUGCGACGAUUCUCUUUACGGCAAGUGUCGUUAAGCUGGACCGCUGACGGGCUUUGGCGGGAAAUUCGGUGUCCGGUCAGCUAACGCGUCGGCAUCGAACGUAAAAUUUGCAGUUUGUUGCGUUAUUGUCAGUCCAGAAGCCCGCACGACAACAUGUCUAAAAAGAGGGGGUUGAGUUUGGAGGAGAAGAGAAGUCGCAUGAUGGAGAUUUUCUUCGAAGCGAAAGAUGUGUUUCAGCUGAAGGACAUUGAGAAAAUUGCCCCCAAGUCAAAAGGCAUAACCCCCAUGUCAGUGAAGGAUGUCCUGCACAGCCUUGUAGAUGACAACAUGGUUGACAGCGAAAGAGUGGGUACAUCCAGUUACUACUGGGCCUUCCCCAGCAAGGCUAUGCAUGCUCGCAAGUACAGACUGGAGGAGUUGACAAAACAGCAUUCUGAAACAAAGAAAAGGAAAUCAACUUUACAGCAAGCUGUUGAAAAGGCUAAAGCAGGACGUCAAGACACAACAGAACGGACAACUUUGCUGAAAGAGUUGCAAGCUCUGAGAGAGGAGCAAGGCCAACUGCAAACCGAACUGGAAAGGCACAAAGAGUGUGACCCAGAAGUAAUUGAAGAGAUGAAAAAGUCAAACAUCAGCGCAAAAGAAGCUGUUUCCAGGUGGACAGACAAUGUCUUCUCCAUCAAGUCAUGGGCAAAGAGGAAAUUUGCCUUUGAUGAAAACCGAAUUAAUAAAGCCUUUGGGAUACCUGAGGAUUUUGACUACAUGGAUUGACCACAAAACCUCAAACCUACCACAGUUGAUGGUGAACAGCUGCGUAACCCCGCUGCAGUUAUAAAGACCUUUAGUUUGAAGCCGGAAAACCUUGGUUGCAGCUUUAUUCAUUUAUGUUUUAUGGAUUAAAAUGGCACUAGUAUUUUAUAUUUUAACGUCCAGCGGGCUUUUAAUAAAAAAUGCUGUG